GUACUCUUGCUCGUGUUUUGGCAGUGAUUUAUCAGCUGUACACGUGAGUUGAGUUAAACGUCUGACGCGGUGUAGGCUAUAACUGUUUUCAUUGAUUUUGUUGGGCAAGAAAUACCACAAAGUUGCGAAUGAUUCCAAACUUGCUUGCUGCAUGACAUCACACUAUACCACUAAGCUGUGCUCAUCUGUACUGUUUUCCUAUCUAUACAACGGCUGCGGUUUUAAGGUGUAUUGUCUUGGCCUCUUUUCACAGCAGCGCUCUCUGUUUUGAAUUCACUGUGGCUGAAAAGCGAGACCAUCUCCCCAUUCUAGUGUAUCCACAAGUCCUAGUAGGGGGCCUAUGCCUAUAGGCUAUAGCACCAUGAUAAACGACUUUGGGCCUAGCCUAGGAAGCCAGGACACCACCUUUCCAUGCAUCUCCGUUUAAUGUGUUUCCAUCUUGGAUUAUCCUCAUUCCUCUUGCUGGCUUCUCUAAUUGGUUUUUCACUUCACCGCAUCAAUGCUGUGGAAUGACAUGGCAUAAACACUGUUUUAAAAAAACAGAUUUAAAACGGGUUCAGAACCAACGUGCUGAGACGAGUGAAACGGAAUUGGGAACUGAAGAAAAAGAUGCCAAUGCCGAAGAGGUGGGGUAUAAUCAAUCAAAUUCGAUACCCUAAAAAAUGGGUAUAGAAGUUAAUACCUCAGUGUCAACAGAGAAAAAUGUGAUGGUCACUGAGCCAGAAUUGACAACGGAGGAAACCAAGGUUCAGAACCAAUGUGCUGAGGCGGGUGAAACGGAAUUGGGAACUGAAGAAAAAGAUGCCAAGGCAGAAAAGGUUGGGGGUGAUCAAUCAGAUUCGAUACCCAAAAAAAUUGGUAUAGAAGUUAAUACCGCAGUGUCAACAGAGAAAAAUGUGAUGGUAACUGAGUUAGGAUUGACAACGGAGGAAACCGAGGUUCAGAACCAACGAGCUGAGGCGAGUGAAACAGAAUUGGGAACUGAAGAAAAAGAUGCCGAGGCGGAAGAGGUGGCGUAUAAUCAAUCAGAUUCGAUACCAGAAUUGACAAUGGAGGAAACUGAGGAAGAAUUUAAUGAACUGAAAAUUAUAGCUCCCAAAAAGAACCUGCAAAUACUGACUGAAAAAAGAUCGCUAAAAUUUAAAGAGUCAGAAAUGACAGCUCAUGAAACUGAACAGACAAAAAAAAAUGAAUUUGAGGGGUUUGAUGGUGAAGAUGUUUCACUUGAACUUCUUAACUUCAAAUUAAAGAGAUCAUUAUCAAAAAAUAACCCAAACUUUUCAACUUGUAUAGAUGUCUUGAAUGAAAUUUCGACACUGAAAUUAACACAGUGUCUUUUAAGAAAGAACAGUGACUUUAUGAGGACAAUUAAAACAAUUGGAAAAUAUAAAUUGAAUGAAUCUGUAAGGGAAAAGGCUAUUAUCUUGUUCAAAAAACUUCAGUCCAUUCUUCUAUGUAAAGAUUCUUUGAAUAUUGAAGAAGUGGAAGAUGUUAUGGAUGAUAUUGAUAAUGAUGUAGAUGUUGAAAGCAGUUUAGUUAAAGAUUUUAGUAGCAGUGGAGAUGACAAUGAUGAUGAUGUUAAAGAAGUGGGAGAUGUCUUGGAAGAUAUGGAUGUAGAAGUUCAAGGCAAUUUAGUCAAGGAUGUGAGCAGCAGUGAAGAUGACAAUGGUAGUGUUGGCGAAGUGGAAGAUGUCAUGACAAAUAUGGAUUCAGAUGUAGAUCCUGAAAGUAGUUCAGUUAAGGAUGUGAGUAGCAGUGAAGAGUGUAAUGAUAAUGUAGAAGGAGAGCAUCGAGGCCGACAAAGAAAAAAAAAUGAAACAAAUUCGAGAUAUAAAGAAAUGAUGCAAAAAAUUGAUUGUAGAGAUAGUAGACAGAAAAUUGAAAUGAAAACAAAAUAUCCAAACAUUACAGUACCACAGUACUGUAAAAAAAAUGAUGGAAGAAGAAUGUACAAUAGGAAAAAUGUUUGCUAUUUUUGCGAAACAGUACUGCAUGGGAAAAUGCCACGUCACUACAAAAAGCAACAUCCAAAUGAACCAUUAGUGGCAAGGAUUCUGGCCUAUACUAAUAAAGAGCAACAAAGAUUAGCUUUUGAAAAACUACGGUAUAUGGGAGAUUUUAACUAUAAUAUGACGAUUUUUGAAAAGGGUAAGGGAGAAUUAAUUGUGGCAAGAAGACCUUUAAAGCCAAAACCCUGUGAAAAUUACCUUCCGUGUACAUUCUGUUAUGGUUUUAUAGAGAUUUCAGAAAUUUGGGCACAUGCAAAACGAUGUAAGCAUAGUAAGAAGAAGGAAGAUGAAAAUGAAGAUUUUAAGGAAAUAAAGUCUUACAUUUCGCAGUGCAGAAUGUUGCUCCAUGGUGGUAAUAUUUAUGGAGCAAAAGACACGUUGAGUCAUAAAAGAGUUUUGAAAGUAAUCGUAAGCACCAUGAGGGAAAGAGAAAACGAGAAUAUUAAAAAGACAGUGGCGAAUGAUGACCUUAUACUUCAUUUUGGAGGAGUAUUGUUGGAAAGGAAAGGUGAAAAGAAGAAGAACGAAAUUUCGGCUAAAAUGAGGCAACUUGGUCGAUUAGUUUUAACAAUUCGACAGAUACUUGGCAAGGAUGUUGGAUUGGAAAAGUGUAUACAUGGAAAGCAUUUUGACACAGUAGUCAGUGCAACCCAGCAUCUCUGUGUUCCCCAGAAGGCUAAGACCAUGCAUGGUGUACAAACAACCAAAUCACCAUCUCUGGGCUUGCAUUUAGGGCACAGUUUAAUAAAGUGUUGCCACAUCAAACAUGGAAAGGCAAUACGCAUGGGAGAUUUAACUAUGCAAAAAGAUGCCGAAAAUUUCAGAGACUUGUUUCGGCAAGAAUGGACGGAUACCAUCUCAAGUCCAGCUCUACAAGUUCUGAAAGAAAGAGAAUACACAAAAAAAGAAAGUCUUCCAACAACAGAAGACCUUAAGAAAUUGCAUGAGUAUACAAACUCAUGUCUAGAUGUAGAAUGCAAAAAAUUAAAAUCUGAUCCUUGUGAAGCAAAUUGGAGAGCACUUACGAAGACCAUUUUCGUACUAGUGACAGUCUUCAACAAACGUAGAGGUGGGGAAGUGAGUAGAAUAAGAGUUUCUUGCUUCACAGAUAGGCAAAAGAGUAAUGAAGGUGUGCAUAAGGAUCUAAUGGAGAGUUUAAGCUCCAUGGAGCAGCAACUGGCAAAAAGAUUUGAUUGUAUGAAACUUCCUGGGAAGAGAAACAGGAAAGUGCCAAUGCUAAUAAAAAGAGAAUGGGUUCAGCCCAUGGAACUGCUGGUGGAAACAAGGGAGGCCUGCAAUGUUUUACCAGAAAAUGAUUAUUUUUUUGCAGUUCCCAAAACACUGACGUAUAUUAAUGCUUGGCAGACACUAAACAAUUAUGUGAGUAAUGCUGGUUGUGAGAGUGCAGUCGAUAUUUCAACCACAAGAUUACGGAAAUAUACAGCUACAAUGCUACAGGUUCUUGCUUUAACUAAAGGAGAGUUGCAGUGGCUGUCCAAUCAUCUCGGUCAUGAGUUGUCUAUCCAUUUGGAUGUUUACCGGCAACAUUCUGGGGUAAUAGAAGCCGGCAAAAUAUCCAAGCUAUUACUAGCAAUGGAGAAUGGAAGAAUUAAAGAGGUCAAGGGAAAAAAUCUUAGUGAAAUCAAUGAAAACGACAUAUGUAUGUUUAAUAAUGCAGAUGAGGAUAAUGAAGAAGAGGAGGAUAUUCCACAACCAAGAGAGAGUUCUCAUGAGAGUGACAUAAGCAGUGACAAUGACAUUCCGACAAUCAGUAAGGUAAACCAUAAACCUAGAAAGACACAAGCUGAAGAAAGUGAAUCAAGUAGCGUUAGUGAUAUUCAGACAAGUAAAUUCAAACGAACAAUUGUAAAAAGAAAAAAACGAGUUGAAGAAAGCAGCGAUAGUGAUAUUCAGACAAGUAAAUCCAAACGAACAAUUGCAAAAAGAAAGAAACGAGUUGAAGAAAGUGAAUCAAGCAGCGAUAGUGAUAUUCAGACAAGUAAAUCCAAACAAACAAUUGUAAAAAGAAAGAAACGAGUUGAAGAAAUUGAAUCAAGCAGCGAUAGUGAUAUUCAGACAAGUAAAUCCAAACAAACAAUUGUAAAAAGAAAGAAACGAGUUGAAGGCAAGACUUAUGUGAGAAAAAGAUGGAGCCAAGAAGAGAAGGAAAUUUUUAAUCAAAAACUGGCAAAAUAUUUAAAAGUUAAAAAAUGUCCACCAACAGAGAGCUUGAAAACUGUUGUGAAAAUGUUACCUGACCGCACAUUGGCACAGGUCCGAACAAGAGUUAAUAACAUUAUUCUUGGGAAGCAGGAUCUUUAGAACCAGAAUUCAUUAUCUGAUUAUAUUUUGAUUUUUAAAAUUUUUAUUAUAGAACCUAAUCGUAUGAUUCUAUUAGUAACUGUGCUGUCAAAAUUAAAUCCAUUGUGAGGAGUGAUUAUGAUUCAAAGAAAAAAAGGGAAAGGGAUGAGGAGAUUGAUACUCACUUAUCUGGAUCCACAACUGUAAACAGUACACUUUUCUGUCGUACCUUCACAUACAUAAAGUAUGAUAAGGUUUUUUUGUAGAGAAGUUUAAUAUUUAAUUAAUAAUCUGAUUUUAUAAUCCAAAUGGCCAAACACUCAUGACCUAGAUAACUGACUGCAAAGCUUCAUUGUGAAUACCAUAGUUUUAUAGCAGUCUGAUAUCAGAAGAUAAGCUUACCUGUAGAUUAAUUUUAAUAAUUAGUAAAAGUAUUUAGUUUUUAAUCACUGUGAACAGAGCGAAAUGCUGAUCCGCGAAUUUAACUUUUGAAAACGUGAUAGUACAUUUUAAAUAUAAACAAAAAUGUCUGACAAAAAUAUUAUUGCUAACUAUUAAAUGUUAUUAAAUGGUUACAAUUUUUAUUAUUAUAUUCAACAAUAUUGGAAAAUUUCCUUUUAUCACAUAGUAUUGUAAGUGGUGUCCAGACGUUUUUGACACUGAUCAAAACUUAUAUAACCUUGUUAGAGCUUCACAAAGUGCGAAAGCUUCACAACAGUAGAAUGGGCUAUCAUUAUUAUAAUAUUGAUAUAUUAAAUAUUAAUUUAAAAACUAAAAUUGAAAAAUAUUGAAUACUUUGAAAAUAAUUGGUAUCAAUGUUUUCCAUUAUCAGCUAAUUAUAUUUCCAAAAUAUGUGCCCUCAACAGGAAGCUGUUAUGAGAGGGUAAACUGAACUCAGUCAGCUAAGCCAGAAAAAAUAUAUCACUACACACAGAUUUCUACGGAAGACUGUUUUACGUGUAAAUGUACAGAAUGGCCUGUAAACCCAAUGUUGAAUUUGCUUCUUUUUAUUAUAUACUCUGUAGUUAUUCACUCUUUUAAGUUAAAAAAAGGCUUGGAUAAAGCAUGUUUAUUACACAGUCAAAAGACAAUUUUUAUCAGAGGGUUCCAUUGGAAUGAUCGUUUUAAAGUAGGCCUACCAUAUUUGCAAGUAGAAUUGCCUUAAAAGCAAAAUAUUUUGCUGAAAGAAAAUAUUUCUUUAAAAUGGAGAUAAUGUGUAACGACUAAAAUUAUUCAGGGAGUGCAGACCUCCACCAAGCCCUUCUUUGUCCCCCCCCCCCAAUGACAAACCAUUCCCACUCACUGUGGAUCAACCUCAAAAUUUAAUUAUGCUUUUAAAAUUCCUGAAUAUUCAAUCACCACAUCUGUUUAUUAAAACUUACAAUCUAACCAACCACAUUACAUGUUUCAUUAUCUGACGACCGCCUCAUAAUUAUCUGGCAUAUGAUUUCUUUGGCAUGAACAGUGUUGCAUAGAUUUAGAUAGAUUAAUUAAUGUUGAAAUAUUUAAUCACUCACAAUUAAAGUAUCAUUCUAAAACACUGCAUUUAUUGUAAUACGUAGGUUGCUAAGCUUCUCUAUGACUAAAGUUUCCAAAAUGUUUGUUUAUUCAUAAUGCUGUUUGUCCAUUCACCUGUCCAUUGCCUCACAUAGUGCUUUAGCAAAAAUUGCCAAUAAUGUUUAAUGAAAUUAGUCUAUUGUUGUCAAAGCAUAUGUUCAAUAUGACACACAGGGCGAAAUCAAAUUUUACUUUACAAGCUGGGUUGAACAUUAAAUUUUAUAAAUACAACCUUAGAAGGUAUAAAUCUCCAAUUGCGGAGACUGGGAGAUACAUAUGUAAUCCAGUUUGUGAUUCUUGUGCAAAACUGUUAGACGUAAACUGAAUACUGUAUAUGCUUUCAUGUUUUUCAAGUUCGCUUGUUUAAUAAACAGUCCAAUAGCCAUCAGAUAAUGUUUAUAUCAUAAUAUAUUGACAUCUGUGUGCUUGAUGUUUGUUAAAUUAUCUAUCAUAUGUGAAUAAAUGUGAUGUUUUAGGUACUACUAAACAUUUUUUGUUUCUAAUAAUAAUAUUAUUUGUGGUAAUUAUUUUUAUGUUCAUAAAUCACCUUUAUGCCUUCUGUUUUAAAUUCUUAUAUUCAUUUGACUUAAGAAGAUUCUUUAUAUCUUUACUCAAUUAGAAUUUAUUAUUUUAAACAUUUUAAGAAAAAAAUGUGCAUGAAUACAUCGUUUUGGAUAUUUUCAUUUGACUGUCUCUGCAAUGCUGUUUAUUUAUAUUGACUUUAAAAUUUACUUUUAUAGUUUAGAUCCUACAUAACAUAUGUUUUUUACAGUACAGUACAACAGUAAGUCAAAUAUUUUUAUCAAAGGUAUUGAAAAAUAAAAUGUUAGCUAAAAUUCUGUAGUAUUAAUACAGUAGUAGUAUUAAUCUUAAAAUAUAAUGCUUUUAAACUUUACUAUUUAUUUUGGUGUUUUACUGGUUUAAUAUAAGGCAUUAGCUUACUAAAGCUGCAUUCACACCAAGCACAAAUUUGGUAUACGAUAAAUAGAAAUGCACCAUGGUAAAAAAUACGUGUAGUAUUACCGAAAAACACAUGCAUCUAUUCUUUACCACUAUAGGGAAAAUCCCAAACAGAUCCAUGAUUGAUGUUUAUAUUUCCAUAAGAAUGGUGUUCCAUUUUACUUUGCACAUUAAAGGUAUCAGCAUUUUACUUACUAUAAAAUACAGUACAAAUCUACCAUUUUGUUGAAUUUUUUGUUUUUACAUGAAUAAAUGAAUACCGUAGAUGAUCGAAUAAGCGCCGCUCUCGAAUAAGCGCCGCAGCAAUUAUUCGAGAUCAUUCAUUUGAGAUUUUGUAUACAGUGCUAUUAAGAAUAAAUAACUUACCAAUAAUAAUUAAUGGUCAGAAACAUAAUUUUCAUCUUAAUUUGGUUGUACACCUACUUUAUCAUCAUUUAAAUAAUAAUGAUAAUAAUAAUAAUUGGCAUAAUUGUAAUGACUUUUUAGUAAGCGCCGCACUAAAGCCUUAAAAAAAUUUAAUAAGCGUCACGGCGCUUAUUCGAUCAUUUACGGUAAUAUACAGUAGUUAUCUGAGGCAGUGUCUUUCCCUGUUUUUUUUUUCUUUUUUAGGAAAUUAUAUACAUUACAAAUUUAUAUGUGAAUUUUGAAUAAUUAUAGAAGCAAAUGCAGCAUGCAGAUUUUUACAUAAUAAGUCCAUUAACAAGCUUACCUUUACCUGUGAUUAUUGGUUUAUUGAAUUGGUAUAUAGUUACAAAAAUAUAUUCUAUAUACUGUAAAUGUCAUAGGGACUAAUAUAUAAAACUACGAGGACAUAUAUAUAGAAUUAUGAGGGCAUAUAUAAAAUUACGAGGACUUAUAUGUGAAAACAAAAUUUUUGAUAUAUAAAUUCAGUAACAUAUGGGGUGCACUUAUUUUUUUGUUGCCCCCCCCCCACCUCAUAUAUAAUACAAGUCCACAUAACUAAAUUUGAGUCCCCAUAACACAGUACUGUAGUCUCAUACUUGAGUAGCGCCCUCUACCUAUGUUUUUAACGAGUUGACAGACAUAUUCAAUAAAUAAUACAUUAGAAAUUCCAGAAGUGAGCACUGCCCAGCAAGAGUGCUACAAAUUUGGAUUGUGUGUUAUUGAUUUUUUUGUUUUGAUUAGAUAAUAUAAGCAUGUUUAGAAUGAGUGUUAGACAUUAGAGUACAAGCUAUGUUGGAUUCACUUACAAACUCCAUCAGAAAACAUUCAAAAUGAUUUUUUUCUGGAAGUUAUGGGUUAUGGGGACUUGUAUAUAAAAUUAUGAGGACAUAUAUGAAAUUAUGAGGACAUAUAUAUAAAAUUAUGAGGACUGAACAAGACUGCACAAGAAUCAAUGCAUGCAUCAUGCUUUCUAGAAAUUGUGGCAAAGAUAUUAUUAUUCUGAAGACAAUUUAACAUUCACUUUGCUAAAUAAAAUCUUCUAAACGGUAGGUAAAAUUAUAUUAGUUGUACUGUUAUUUGAUUUUAAUGAAAAUAUAACAUUAGUAGCCUAGGGCAAAAAAAGGGCUAGGCCCCGGCCUAGCCUACCUGCCUUUGAAUAGAAGCCUAGGGUAUUCCAGCCCAGCUAACUAUAAGCCUAUAUAUGAAGUAGGGAGAUACUAAACGAGUUGAUAACUUUAAUUAGAACUAAGUUAUUGACUACAACCUCUCUGGGCCAAAAAAAGCAUAUAAACAAGUUUAUGAAUUACAAUAGGCAGUCAAAAUAUUCUGAUGUCAUUGAAAAAAUUUUGUGGAACAAUUUUCAUAUUGUACCAUAAAGUAUUAUUUUCUCUGUUUUUUGCUAAAAUUAACCUAAUUAGUACAAUAUAUUAAUGUGAAGAAUAUAUUAUUUAAAACUUAUAUACACCAUGUAAUAUGUGUCCUAAGUAAAUAUUUUUCAUGAAAAUCUAUAUUUGAAGAUUAUCAUUAUUUUUAAACGCAUUUAUCUUAAAUGCAUUUACCUGUAUCAUUCUUCAAACACAAUUUUUGCUAAAUUUUACAUCCAAUUAUCAGCAUAUUUUUUUUUAUUAGCCUCUCCCAAGAGCGUAGCUCUGGGAGCUGAGGCUAAAGUUUUUACCCUGUUUUUCGGCAGUGGGCAGGCAGUGGACGCACGCUCCUGACGCUUAAUUAAUUUCAAUCUAUUGCAUGAUGCAAGAGUAUAAUAUGAAGAUCAACCCUAUUGAUUUUAAAUGCAUUUAUUUUAAAUGCAUUUACCUGUAUCAUUCUUCAAACACAAUUUUUGCUAAAUUUUACAUCCAAUUAUCAGCAUAUUUUUUUUAUUAGCCUCUGCCAAGAGCGUAGCUCUGGGAGCUGAGGCUAAUGUUUUUACCCUGUUUUUCGGCAGUGGGCGGGCAGUGGACGCACGCUCCUGACGCUUAAUUAAUUUCAAUCUAUUGCAUGAUGCAAGAGUAUAAUAUGAAGAUCAACCCUAUUGAUUUUGGUGCUAAUCGGAUUUUUUUAAAUAUUUGAAUUAAUUAUCGGCGGUGAAACUAAAAAUGGCAAAAUACAAAAUUUAUUUACUAUUACUGAAUAUUCAAUCACCUGGAAAUCGAUAAAUUAUUUAUUUUUUGGAAAGUUUUGGUUUCGUAUCUUGGUUAUUUCAUUUAUAGGUUAGGCUAAAUUUAAUUUUAAAAAAAAUUAAAUUCCUUAGCUGAAAUGCUGACGCGAAUGUGCAUAUUUCUUAUUUAAAAAAAUAGCUUUUAAUCAUAUUAAUAUUAUUAAAAAAACAGUCACACACCAACAAUAGCUUUUAACUAAUUUACACCAUGGGGGAGGCUAUGCUUACAAUGUAAAAGGAGUAUUUCUAGUUUCUUGUCAGAUUUGGUCAGUUUGUAGAAAUGUUAUAGCACAACACCCUGAGUUAAUUUCAGAAAUUUACCUAGUACUUCACAUUUUAUGAUCUUAAUUAUAUUUUAAAUUAUAUUAUAAAAAUUAAAAAAUAUAUAUAUAUUAUAACCAUCCAAUUGCCACCAAAUUAACUCACGGUGUUGUCAUAAAUGUGUAAAAUAUGUGUAGAAAGUUUGGUUCAAUUCUGUUAAUGCAUGUCUGAGAAAAACUUGAUAAUGCUUGCCUUUAUAAUAAAGUGGUGGCCAUCUUUGAGAUGCAUUGCAAAUUAGUAAUAUGACAUAUUUUUUCGUCUUACCUCAUCACUAUUAUUAAAACUGUGUGCAAGUAUCAAUUAAUAAGAUAAUGAAUUGUGGAGUUUUUUACUGGGAUGUGUUAUAACCUUAAACACAAUCAGAAAACAUUCAAAAUGACCCUUUUUCUGGAAGGCGCUAGUCAAGU